AAAGGUAUUAAUUUACUAAUUAAAAACAUGAAAAAUAAUCAUAUGAUUAAUCCCACCCCCUCCACCACUCCCAGCUCCACCUUCUUCCUCUCUGCCUCUGGAAAGGCCCUCCUUCUCUCCAACUCCAACAAGCGCCCCGACACACCCCGCAAGAAGUAUGUCAAGCAGGUCACGGGCCGCAACAACGACACCGAGCUCCACCUCGCCGCUCAGCGUGGAGACGUGGCCGCCGUCCGCCAAAUCAUCGACGAGAUCGAAUCCGUCUUAAUGGGGACCUUCGAGUUUGACGCCGAGGUUGCCCACAUCAAGUACGCCAUCUUCAACGAGGUCAACGACCUCGGCGAAACAGCUCUCUUCACCGCCGCGGAAAAGGGACACCUCGACGUCGUCCGCGAGCUCCUCCCUCACUCCACCGCCGAAUCUCUUUCCUCCAAAAACCGCUCCGGCUUUGACACUUUGCACAUCGCCGCUAGCAAAGGUCAUCUUGCGAUUGUGCAGGUGCUACUAGAGCAUGACCCUGGGUUGAUUAAAACGUUUGCUCAGUCAAAUACAACGCCUCUAAUCUCUGCAGCUACACGAGGACACUCGGAUGUUGUUGAAGAGUUGUUGUCUCGGGAUCCUACUCAGUUGGAGAUGACAAGAGCCAAUGGAAAGAAUGCUCUCCAUUUAGCCGCACGGCAGGGGCAUGUGGAUGUUGUGAAGAUACUGCUGCAGAAGGAUCCACAACUUGCUCGAAGAACUGAUAAGAAAGGACAAACUGCACUGCACAUGGCUGUCAAAGGGAUUAGUUGCGAUGUGGUAAAGCUCAUUUUGGUUGCCGAUGCAGCCAUUGUCAUGCUCCCUGACAGGUUUGGCAACACUGCAUUGCAUGUAGCCACGAGGAAGAAGAGGGCAGAGAUAGUGCAAGAGCUGUUACUUCUUCCUGACACCAAUGUAAACACCUUGACAAGAGACCACAAGACAGCUCUCGACCUUGCUGAGGGGCUUCCCAUAACUGAAGAAAUUCUGGAGAUCAAAGAGUGUCUGAUUCGUUAUGGCGCAGUUAAAGCCAAUGAUCUCAACCAACCAAGGGAUGAGCUGAGGAAAACCAUGACACAGAUUAAGAAAGAUGUCUAUUUUCAGCUGGAACAGACUCGAAAAACAAACAGGAAUGUGAGUGGGAUUGAAAAUGAGCUACGCAAGUUGCACAGGGCUGGAGUCAACAAUGCUGGGAACUCAGUGACGGUGGUUGCUGUGCUAUUUGCUGCGGUUGCAUUCGCAGCACUUUUCACAGUUCCUGGUGGGGAUUAUGAUAAUGGGAUGGCAGUGAUGGUACAUAGUGCACCAUUCAAGGCCUUCUUCAUAUCUAAUGCCUUGGCACUGUUUACAUCAUUGGCAGUGGUGCUGGUUCAAAUCACCAUUGUUAGAGGGGAGGUAAAGGCUGAGAGAAAGGUUGUGGAAGUAAUCAACAAGAUGAUGUGGUUAGCCUCUGUAUGCACUUCUGUUUCAUACAUUACAGCUUCUUAUAUAGUAGUUGGUCGGCACAGCAAGUGGGCUGCAAUACUUGUUACAGUUAUAGGGGGGAUCAUAAUGUGUGGUGUUCUGGGUACCAUGACAUACUAUGUGGUCAAAUCCAAACGCUCCAGAAGAGAGAGGAAGAAAGAGAAGAAGUCUAAGAAAGAAGGAACGUUGCGUCUUUCAAAUUCUGAUGAGUCAGAAAUAAAUCCAAUCUAUGCCAUUUGA